ACAACCGGAAGUAUUUGGAACAUGUUCUUUCCACCCUCAUCCUCAUCCUCCUCCUCCGAUUGGCGCCGAACGUUCGAAGCGAUUAAAGCUGGCCAUGAUGAAGUGUACGCAACGGUCGAGCGAGCGAUCAAGUUCGAGGAACACGAACGUCCCGAUCUGGCACUUCAAGCGUACAAGGAUGGCAUCCGCCGUAUCGAUGAAACGCUAGCCCUGCCGGUGGAAGUCCCCAACCUCCAGGUACAGGGUCCACAGGCGGACGAAACCUGGAAGCAAGCGGUAGCCAUGAUACACAAGCUCAAACGUACCCGUGGCGAAGUGUUGCAGCGGAUCGGUCAGCUCGGUGGUAAUGGGACGGAAGGGGACGUUGAGCGUGGUUCACAGAACGGAAACGAAAGCAUCAACCCCGGCCAACGUCCCUGGACGUACACUGAGCUAGCGAUGGCACUGAGGGAUAUGUCCGGUGAAGGUACAGAGGGCGUUACCGCCAGCCUGAUGGAACUGCUGUUCUCGUGUGACGGUGUACAGGUGUACUACAUCGAACCGGACGGUGUGGUUAGUAGGACGAUGGACGACUCGACACUAAGAAUCGUACGCAUCGAGGGAGACGAAAGCAGACAACUUCAGGCAACGGUGUUUCUGCAGGUGAUUGAAACAAGAUCUGCCACACGGAUCGAAAAUGCUGAAGAACCAUGGGAAUUGAUGCAGCAGCAGGAAGUGAACGUAGGAACAGAUGCUUCACCGACCGCCGUGGAACAACCGACGGAAGCCGAACCCGUACAGACAUCGUCCGAUGCGAUCGAACAACUCCCGGCCGGUUUUCUUAUCUAUCCACUCAUUCCGGGCGUGUCGCCUUGCUAUCGAACCGAGUACGGUGCGUUUAUACUUCCCGAUUUAGCGGCCGAGCAUGUGCAGGGUCGUGCGAUCGGGUUGGUAGUACCGGCCGGGGCCGAUGAAGUUGUGCUAGAGAUACUGGUGGUCUUCCUGCACGGGAUCGUCGCCCAACCGGCAGCGGGUGCACGCGUCAGCAAGCGAUCGUUACUGCCCGAUUCCACCACCAUCUCGGCUGGCAUCAUCAAGGGUGCGUACUAUCUGUCCAAGGGCCUAGAGCGUGGCGCGGAACGAACUGGUCAGUUGAUUGCUAACGGCACACCGUACGUCAUUUCGAAACUCGGCCAAAAGCAACCCGCCAACGCAGCACAGCAAGAUGCAUCGGAUGCAGGCGCGACUAACGUUCAGGUGCCGAAAAAUGUACGAACCGGUAUCGAAAUUGCUAAAACCGUUACUGGUACGGCGGCUGGCGUGACGAGCUAUGUAGCAGGUAAGGUCGGUUCGGCAACGAUGGCACUGGGACGCUUUCUGGCACCGCACAUUCAGCGGCACGGCAGUGCCCUACUAUCGUACAGUACGGGCAUGAGCGAGCAGGCCGCUUCGGAGCGAAUGAACGGUGCACUGACGAUCUGUGCCGGCGCAGUCGAAGGGUUCGGUACCGUGUACGAAGGGUUGGAACGAUCGGCAUCGAUUCUUGGCAAAAGCUUAAGCACUAGCACGGUACAGAUUGUAGAGCAUCGGUACGGUACGGAGGCGAGCCGUGUCGUUGGCAGCUCGCUGGACACGGUCGGCAACGUGAUAAAUGUCACGCACAACAUGAACUACAUCACACCGAAGGGACUGGCCAAGCGGACGGCAAAGAAUGCGGGUAAAGCGCUUGUGGCCGGUUAUCGGCCCCCGGUACCGGAAGUGGAUGGUGAAAGUUCGUCCGGCACUGGGUCUGCAGUGGUGGAGCAGCCGCCUCCACAGCGUAUCGUACCUGCGGCCGUACUUUAUCCGGAUUUGGAAGGUUUAGCUAGGGAGGUGCGUCCAAAGGAUGGAAACGCUUAA